CCGUCCGGCAUUCAGCGACCUCCACAGCUCCCGAUUGUGUGGAAUGACACUGUCGCAUCAAUCAACCAAACGUACGAGACCUACAUCAAGCUUUUCAACACCACCGUUCAAAAUAUUUUGGACACUGUCGGAUCACCAGCCGAGGCAACGUUCAAUAAUACCAUCCUGCCAUAUCUCCGCGCUCAGAAUCUGGCCUAUACUGCUAUAAGCCCUCUCAGCAUCUACGAGUUUAGCAGCAAGCCAUCCGAGGUCAACGACGAAGUCAACAGUGGAGAGACCAUCUACGAUAAUGCCAGCGAUGAUCUGUUUACCAACGAGGCUUUCUUUGCAUUGGUGGACCACCUUUACCAGGCCACGGGCAACGCAACCGAUGGGUCACUGAGCGUCGAGGAGCAGAUCUCCAUCCUUUUAUGCUCAGGCCUCAACAUUCCAGCGGGCGCCCAGCGCGACCAGUUCCAGGCUGCCAACAGACGCCUCGAUGAGAUCUACAACCAGUUCAAGGCCAUCCUCGGCAAUGGUACAUCAACAUUUUUGUACUUUACAGCUGACGAGCUUGAGGGCGUGGACCCCGAGACUAUCUCUCAGCUGAAGAACGGCACCGGGGAGAACGCUGGGAAGUUGCAAGUCUCUGUCCUGGACAACGGUGCAGACAUCGUGACCUACGCCGUGAAUGAGACGACCAGGUACACGGAACUUUUCGAAUAUCGACGCCAAUAUCAAGAGAACAUUGCCCUUAUCCAGGAGGCCAUUCAAUUGCGAGUGCAGGUUGCACAGCUGGCCGGAUACGAGUCUUGGGAUGAUUAUGCGAUUGACGGAAACAUGGCCAAGACAAAGCAAGCAGUGGAAGAUUUCCUGGCCGACGUCACCACCCACGUCCAAGUCAAGGCCGAUGCAGAACUGAAGGAUCUCAACGAUGUGAAAAAGCAGAACGGGACGAUCGUGACUCCGAUCGGCGACGAGGACAUUCUCUACACUUGGGACUUCAAUUACUACGCCAAUAUUCGAGACGCGGAAAAGUUCGGAGAUCUGGGAGCUAACACGUUCCAAUACUGGUUCCCUGCCAACGUGACCGUCCCUGCUACCCUCGAGUUUUACGGCGAGAUCUAUGGUACUCGCUACGACCGUAUUCAAGGACAAGACGCCGAUGCGCUGUCUCCUACAGGGAAUGGCACUGAUUUGGUUUGGCACCCUGACGUCUGGCUCUACGCUGUGUACGACAGCCAAGCUUACAUCGACGCACAUCCCGAGGUCACCGAUCACUUCCGAGGCUACCUUUACCUUGACCUGUUCAAGCGCCCGGUCACAAAAGCUGGCGGCGGCUCCUUCAUGGCGCCCAUAUCACCCGGAUUCGUCAAGGAGGAUGGUUGCCUUCAAUACCCAACUGCGGGAGCCUUCUUGUACAACGACAAGUCGGACGACGAAAGCAAAAUCCCCUCUUUCAUCACCGAAUCCACGGCUCUCUUCCAUGAACUCGGACAUUGCCACCACCAACUCUUGUCGAGGACUACCUACGCUCGAACACACGGUCCCGGCGGAGUGCCAAUCGAUUUUAUUGAGUUUCCAUCGCAGUUCAUGGAGAUGAACUAUGGGAACAUCUAUGAGGUCUACGAGCGCAUUAGCACCCAUUGGUCCUCGUUCUCGGCGGAGGCCGCUGCCGCUUGGCGGAAGGACUCAGGUGCCGACGCCAGCGCCCCACUUCCGCCGGUGACCUACCCCCAGGAUCUAUUUGAACGAAUCAAGGAGUCCCAAAAGGCCUACGUGGGAGGCGACACAAUCUCGCAAGUUUUCCUAGCCACCUACGACCAGACUUUGCACGGAUACACCAGUCUCGAGGCCGCCAACACGACGGACGUGUCUGUAACCUGGAACACACUCAUCCGCAACAUCACCGAAACACCCGAUCCAUCUGACAUUCUCAAGAGGUUCGACUGGGGAUGGGGCGAGACGACAUUCCAGCACAUCGUCUGGCCGAUCUACACUGGCGCCUACUACGGAUACCAGUGGGCUUUGGUCUACGCCGAGGAUGUCUUCUACACCGCAUUCGCCUCGGACCCGUUCAGCAGCGAGACCGGCUGGAGGUACCGCACGGAGAUCCUUCAACCGGGUGGCGCGAGAGAUCCCAAUGACUCGCUUGAAGCCUUCUUGGGCCGGGCGCCCAAUAAAGACGGCUUCUACAAAUACAUUGGCGUUCCUGCUUGA